UAUUAAGCUUUUAUUUUGAAAUACUCCAACCAGAAGUCUGAGCUAUAAAAUUCACGUGCUAGGGUUUCGGUGUUCUCGUACUGUAGUCUUUCUGGAAACACCAUGGAACGAAUUCUUCACUCCCGUUUAUCAGAAGAUCAGAAAAUACACAUGGGACUUCAGUCUCAAGAUGGCAGAGAUGCAGAGGCCUUCACAAACGCAUUUCUGAAGAACAGUGUUCCCGGCCUCAGCAAGGAGGCAGUUAAGCAGUUCAUGGACCGGAAGGCUGUUGUCUUAGAGUUUUCCAGGAAGAAAAAGGAAAAACGAAGAAAGAAGAGGUCUAAAGGACUCAAUGCCAAAGAGAGAAGAGAGCUGAAGGUCUUUCAGCUGAAACCAGAGCACCAGAGGUAUGAACUUUUCUUGCCACUCCAUGAGCUGUGGAAGCAGUAUGUACGUGACCUGUGUAACGGACUCAAACCUGACAGCAAUCCACAGACAAUUCAACAGAAACUCCUGAAGGCUGAUUUUCAUGGAGCUAUAAUCACAGUAUCAAGAUCCAAAUGCCCGUCGUAUGUGGGCACAACGGGUAUCCUCGUCCAGGAGAUGAAACACGUUUUUAAAAUCGUCACCAAAGAGGACAAACUGAAAGUCAUUCCCAAGCGCAACAGCGUCUUUGCUGUGGAAAUCGAUGGAUUCGUCUCCCAUAUCUAUGGCAGCAAGUUCCAGCUGAGAUCCAGCGAGCGGUCGGCCAAGAAGUUCAAAGCGAAGGGAACCAUAGAUCUCUAAGGGAGACGCUAGAAUUGCGAGCAACUUUCCAGCUUUAAUGGCAAACUCUGGAUUGAGGGAAACUGGCACCCUGAUGGGAGGGCCACAGCUGCUGUUCAAACCCUCAGUGGCAGGAGGGGAGAGUUCCUUGGAUUCUAUAAGAACAAGAUGUAUUUACAGACUCUGUCUCAAGCUGUCAUUGUUUUCAGUGCCUUGUGUCAAGUGAAGUGGGGAGCGGUUUUCUACCGCUCCCCACUUUGUAGAAAAGUGCCAGUGUCUAAUCGAAAUAGAAUUGGCUCUGAAAUGUCAUUUGUACUUGGUUCAGAUACACGCUGCACAUUAAAAGAAAGAUGUAUUUAUGAAAUUUGCGUUAUUGCGUUGAGGACAAUUUAAUUGUACAUUUAAUGCAUAGUUUUGAUCUACUUUUUAUUUUCUUAAAAGGAUACAUUGUGGCAUUCUUAAAAUGGUAGUUUAGGUUUUGGUGUAUGUUUUCAAAUGGACUAGACUGUAUCUUUUAAACUACUGGCCUCACAAUGGCUGGCAUAGGGGCAUCAACAGGCAAUGUACUAAAAGUAACACCAAAACGGCUUGUAAAGUGAUGUCGUAUAUCCAGAGGUUCUGUGUGUGUGUAUUAAUUUAUUUCUUAAGAAUUUAGUUUAAUUUAAUCUUUAGUUGGAUUUGUAUUUUCGAUGAAGCAUCACUGUCGAGUCCAACUGCCUUUAAUUAAUAAUCGUUUGUCUUACUCCCGGUUUUGUAGUUUCCUCUACUAAAGGCAGCCAUGUCGCAGCAUGUGUUGCCACUCAGUUCGAGUAUUCCGGUGACGUCAAUGCAUACCCUCUAUUGAGACACCUUUUCUGUAAAUUUAAGCUUGGAUAAAUGACACAUGGCAACAUGGCUGAAGCUCUCUUCUUUUACAUAGCCUGACAUGAUCACAGCUUCAGUUCCCGUUUUAUUAACUAACAUUAUGCAUGCUAGGACAGGCAGUGCAGUAGCUGUCCCUUAACUGCGCCUGCUGCAUCUAAACCAUAUAUUUCAGGUCCUUAACCUGGGGAGCUAAAAGCAAGGGUGUGAAGUAUUGCCAUGAAAUAAGAACUGAUUUGUACAUUUUAAAUUGUGUAUCGGUGCUGUAAAAUUAACAUGUUCAUAUGAACAGCAUAUGGAAACAUGUUGAACAAGCUUCUUGCAGUUACUUGAAGGGUAUUUUCUUGCUUUCAGUGAUGAACUCAUUGGUACCCCUAUACUAGCCAUUGUUAAGCUUGCAGGUCACUGGAAAUUUCUGUAUGUAAAAUAUAUUUAAUUAUGUAAAAAAACCUUUGUCUGGGCUAAUUGAAAACAUACACUAAAAUGGAAAUUAUGGCCAAAAAAAAAAGAAACUAAAGUGAACUAUCCCUUCAUUGAGAAUUGCAGUACCAGUGGAAUCCACGAGGGGGAUCUAUAACCAAAUCAAUCGGUUUUUUAAAAAUAUUUUUAACCAUUUCUUUUUCCAAGUUCAUAAAUGGGUUGAUGUUCGGUUUGUGCACUUGAACCGUUUCAUUGGUGCCAGGAAUACACUGAUAGAUCCAAUCGAACAUUUAAUUCCUCCACUUUUCUGACUCAAGUGUGAGGAACAUGUCCGUUUUAUAAGCAAGCACUGUCCCUCAAGGACCGUAUAUCAGAGGUUGUUAUCGUUUGAUGCAUCUUAAUGUGUCAUGCCUCAAAAUAUAAAAUAAAAAUGAAAAGUAUA